AUGAAGAAUAAGUAUGAAAAGGAGACUGGUGUCUUCACUGUUUCUUCAUUAGACACAGCUUACAGGGCACCUAUUCUGCCAACGAGAGACCUCGAUGCUGAGCGAAAGGCUCAUUUGAAAGAAACGAAUCACAAAUUAUCGAUCCUUUCCCUGAUCAUUUGCUCUUAUGCAAUUGGGGCGACCAUCUACGUGAUAUUUCUAUUGAUUUACUCGAUAAAUCUACAAAAUAAUUUAAAUGUUGCUAAACACUCUAUUCAAAGAACUUUGCCUGAAACAGAAAAAAUAGCUCUCGUGUUUCAAAAAGCCAACCGUCGGCUUGUGCAAGGGGAUUGUAAUUUUGGAUGGAUUCAUUUUCAAAACUAUUGUUAUUAUUAUCACAACUUCACGUCACCCAAAAUAUAUGGUUCAAGACUUUUUACAUUCAUGGAAGCUGAGGAGAACUGUCGACACAUGCAUUCACAUUUAGUGUCGAUUCAUUCACAGGAUGAGCACGAGUUUAUCAAUGAUGUGAUUCUGACUUGGUUAGAACGGGUUAUACCAAUCGCUGAAAAUGAUCUUGACGGUUGUCAAAGAGACCAUUAUGUCUGGAUUGGUUUGCACAGUAAUGGGAGUCGAAGAGAAUGGACUGAUGGAUCGCCGGAUGAUUAUCUGCAUGAGCAGCGAGAUUUUAUUUACUUUGAUAUGUGCAACGACGUGUUUCGAAAGUCGAAAGGAGAAUUCAGGAAUUUCUUCGUCGAAAGAUUUCUACCGAAUCGACGAUUCUCUCGUUACAUUUGCAAGAAAACUAAUAUUGCAGAUCGAUUAAUCUCGUUCGGUGCUGACCAAUCGCAUGGCUCUACUAAACUAGAAGCAUCAGAUGAUUUG